AUGUUUAUCAAAGGUCUCAAAUAUAUUCCACCAUGUCAAAGUCGAUUCUCACGUCAGUCUGUUGAUGCUAUUGUCAAUGAACAAUAUAAGACGUUACGUUCAGUUGUUCAAGGUUGUCUUGAUGAUCAUGGUAUGCAAAUUGUCGAACGACGUGAAAAAGAAGGUUUUCCAUCCUUGAAACGUAUCCUCCAUGAACUUCAAUCCAAAAAAUUACCACGUAGAUUGGCAAUUCGUGCUCGACGUGAACGAACAGUAGUACGAAGUAUUAUAAAAAUUUUACGUCAACGAUCCGACAUUACUGUUCGCCGAACUGACAAGAACAAAAUUGCAUUAAUCAAAAUAUAUCGGCAAGCCAUCGCAGAUGAACAGAAAACACUCGAAGAAAUGGAAGUUCUUUGA